CUCCCUCUGGGGACUUUCCUCUGGCUCUCGUCACCAAGUAAGGGCAUGCCACGGUCCCACCGCCCCCGCCAGCCCCACGCUGGUUGUAGCACGGAGACACCUGAAGGUGGGGGCACUGGGCCAACUCCCUUGUUGGGCGCUGCAGCUGCCACCCCUAACCCCUCCUUCCUCAGGCCUGGCCUCCUUAAGAGAGUGACCAAGGGCAGCAGCAGCUGAUGCAUCUGACCCACGGCCGGGAGGUCUGCGGGCGAGUGCUCGGCCUGGGGGGAAGAGAAGAGGGCCUGAGGGCCCCAGAAUGCCCCUAUGACAGCUGGCUUGGCAGCGCUGGCCUUCAGGGCCUUAGGUGGGCACAGCCUGUCCUUCUGGCUGGCUGACCCAAGGCUCGCGGAGAGGGAUGUGGACUCGAGAAGUUUAAGGGGAAAUGGUGGAGGCUAAAGCCAUCACCCCCUCCCAGGAACUCUGACGUCCUCUACUGCCCCAGACAAUAAGCUCACUACACCAACGAGGGGGCCACCAGCAGCGUGCAGAACCGUGGGGACACUGUGGUCUCCGAACCUCCUGAGCGGAAGGAGAUGCCAACGUCGAGAGACGGGCAUGGAGCUGCAGCGCCCGCUGCUCCCGUGGCAAUCCCCAGCUGCAACUGACACAGUCCCUCUCUACCCAGCCCUCGCCUGCCCUGACGAACGAAGGACUCAGAAGCAGCCUCAGCGGGCAAGGUCCGGGCCAGCUGGGCGUGUCCCAGCGCUUCAACUGCCCCCGUGCCCACCCUGCUGCCCCGAGUGCAAUCAAUGUGGCAAGUCCUUCCCAGUCGCGCCUGGCUGGUGCCACCCUAGAAGCAGGAGUUUGGAUGACUUCGCUGGGCAGAAGGUGGCCAGGCGGGGCCGCACGAACGGGUACAGAAGGUCCAUCUGCCCCAAACACUCUGCAGAACCAUCCCUCAGCACUGCCCACCCGGUUCUUCCUGCCUCUGCUUCUCCGUGGUCUGGCACCAGGACCAGAGGGCAGCUCCCGUCCCCUAUCCCCGUGGGUCCAAUCCCACAGCUCCACGGGCUCAGCUGGGACCUAGCCUGCAAGCCCAGCUCCUUGCUGGGUGGUGUCACUGGGGGAUGGGGUCAGGGGUCGCUAUGUUCCCUUGCAGGCCGCUGGCAGCUCUGCGGGGGGGACGUUGGGGGGCUCCUAAGGGUGACAAGGCACAUAGUCCUGGCUCCCGGAAGCUCAGAGGCUGGGCUGGCUGCUGAUUUUGAGAACACAGGGUUGGGGGGACUCCAUGGCCCUCUGCAAGCACCUCAGGGGCCUAUGCUCGAGGGCAGGGCUGGCUCCCUGGGGCCCCUGCCCAGUCCCUUGUUCUUCUCCCUGCAGCCUGGGCCUCCUUCCUUCAUCUUCACCUCCGGCUGCCUGCGGUGCCCUGACCAGGCCAGUUCCACACACAGAGGGACAGGCCUCCAUCUCCUCUCUACAUUGGCUACUGCCUGGUGUCCACAUCCCUGUCCAAGGCCAUGGGACAUGGGCACUUUCCCGGGAGACACCUGGAGUCUCACGGCCAGUAAACCUCAAGUGCAAGCUAACAGCAAGGCCAAAAAAUACAGAGAUGGCCCAGAGCUGUUCCCACAGGGAAGGCCCCCCUGCCUUCCUCCCUGCCCAGCAGCUGGGAUGCUUUAGGAAUUUAAAGAGAAAGCAGCUUUCGGGUCAGCACAACCUCAGGAUGGGAGGGGAGGGAGUGGCCUCCCAGCUGAAGUCCAGAAAGCUCCAGAGCUUCGCUGCAUCCGGCCCCUCCCCUCCCUAUCUUCCCCUUCCAACUCUCUGCUUCCCAAGUAUGAAAACUGUAAAUCUGUUUUAUUUAUUUCAAUCAAUCCUCGGCAGUGUGCCCCUCAGGGCAGAGGCAGCCAUGGUAACCCUGCCAACUCAUGCCUUAAAAAUUCAUCGUGUUUAAUGCAGUCGAUGCGUCUGGUACAUUUAAAAGUUUCUUGUAGGGAGGUGGGAGGAGGCGUGAGGGCUUGUUUUUCUGGGGCUCACUGGGGGCUGGUGGGAAGGGGACAGAGGGAGGGGCACGGGGGAGGGGAGGCCUGCAGUCCUCUCAGCUGUCUGUCCCUCUGCUUAACAAGAGCCACCAUCCAGCUCUGGGGGUUCACAGACAGCUGGGCUGGGCUCCCCUAGAGAUCUGUGGCAGAGGUCUCAUUGAGGCAGCUGGGCCUCACCCCCCCUGUGACAAGCUGGUCCCUCACUCCAGGUUUGGGGUUUGCUCUAGGGACCAAGCUGGGAGCAGGACAGAGCCAGGAGAGGUGACUCCAGCCUUCUCGGCCACCCAGGGUGCAAUCAGGCAGCCUUUCCUGCCGUGGGAGGGGCUCCGCCUUUUCCGAAGACAGAAGUCACCUGCCUUGGCCCCGUGGAUCACCUGGCCUUAUUCUCCAUGUGCUUGUAUCAACCUGGCCAAGCCGGCCCCCACUGUCCUCUCACGGGUCCUUCUCAAGCCCUCCUCUGGCCCCGCCUCCUCGUGCUCCCUGCCCCAUUGCCAGUUCCCCCAUCAGCUCCGUCCUAGACCCUCGCGUGGCCCCUCUGCCCUCCUCGGGCUCUGGCUCCUUGUCCAGCCAGACCACCGGCUUCCCAAGGCCCAGGGCUGGGCCCUUGUGGACGAUGGAGGGCAUGGAUGCCUGUGGAACAGAACAGUAACCGCCCAGAACGACGAGGUAGCCUGUGUCACCAUGGUCGUGGAAUUCAGCUUGCACGUGGAACUGGACGCUAAGGGGCCGAGGGAGUCAGGUGCAUUUGGAACCGUGUUAUCAGGGUUGGGGGUGUCUGGCUCUGAUUAAAGCACUUUCAGAAUUUGGGAGGGGACUUGGCAGGCAGUUGACUCACAACGAGGUCUGGGUUUGUGUUCCAGAAAAGAGGCUGAGCCCCCUGCCCACAUGGAGACAUUCCACAAUGCAGCUGGAUGCAGCUCAGAAGGGGGACCGGAGGCAGAGGUGUGACGCCCUGCUGGAGGCUGAGAAGCCGAGACAGCAGGGAAGACUCUCCCUCCGGGACCUGGCUGAGACAGUGUCUUGGUGCUGGAGAAAAACGGAGGACAAGACCGGGUGAGGAGACAGCUGCCAGGGUACGAGAAUGGGGGACAGUCUGGCCCCUGCCUGGAGGCCAUCACCCCCAGGCCACAAACCCAUGGACAGAAGCACGUGUCUUCUGAGUGAAUGCAAACAAAGGGACAGGUCACUAACGGAAACCCUGCCAUCUUCCUGAUAAUCAACUCCAAGAAGCGCUGAGACGCGUUUGAACCCCUGGGUCCAGCCGGGCUGCUGCCUUCUACUGCCACAGGGAUUUCCUGCAAGCCAGAAUCACCACUUCCUUCCUAACAGUGGCCACAAAUGACAGACGGUUGUGGAGUGACAUUAGGCACAUCAUGUGUGUUAAAUGUCUCAACAUGGUACAGAUGCUAUUUCAGCCCAGGGGCCUUUUUACCACAGGAUGCAAGUGCAGAACAGGUUAGAGGCCUUGCCAUGGUCCCCGGUGGGACAGCCGAACCCAGCCCGAGCCGUCACCGCACCUUGUGACACAACCAAUGUGCAGGGCCCAGACGGCACAAGGCUCGGAUGUGCUUUUCUGUGAUGACAGUUCAGGCCACCUGAGCUACAGAUAUUGCUGGUGACUUCAGGGGGACUGGAGCCGAGUUUGCCCCGAAGCCGUGGCUCCAUCCAGGGCAGCACAUCGGUGACUGGCUCCUUUUCCCCCACUCUGCACCCUGGGGCCGCCUCUGCCAUGGCAGGCUCUGACCAAACCUGGCCAGGACGGUGCUGUCCUGCUGGGCGAUGGCUUGUCUCCAAGGGGACCAGAAGGAAGCAGGACCUGGGAACUGCACCCACAGCUCUGCAGCCCAGACCCACACUCAGAUCCGGGGGUAGAAGGGUCUAUGGGGGUGACUCCAACAGCAGGUUCUCAGGAACUUCUGUUGGGAGCAGUAGCUCCUAAGUGUGGGUCCCAGGCCAGCUGUCGUCUGAGGUCCAGGGUCAGGCAGUUUAAUAUAAUGACUCCUGGUGCCCAGGGAGACGUGGCAUCCCUGAGCCCAGCUGCCCCAGAGUCUCGUUGGUUGGCUAUCAGAGAACAUGGAGUCACCUUUCUCUCCCUUGAAGUCCCUUGAGCUCUGCCCGUUAAGCAGGAUGUCCUUCCAAGGUGUGCUGAGUGCAAGGGAGGGGCGCCUAGCCUGGCGUGCUGCCGCCUGUCCCUCCAUGCCCCUGCCAUCUUCCAGUUGGGCCCAUGCGCUCCAGCUGCCUCGAGGGACACAGGAAGAAACCGAAGCCAAGGACUGGCUCCAGGCCACAAAGCCAAGGCCAUAGCAGGGACAGAACUUGGGUCCCUGACCUGGAGGUCACGUUCUCACUCUGCCAGAGAGCCUCACAUCGUGUGACAUCCGCUGAAGGACAAAGACGUCCUCUCCUUGGCCCAGCCCCGCUUCUCACCCAUCUGAGGGCUCCAAUUCCCUGCAGCUUGAACGCCCAGGGCAGAAAUGUCCCUUUACCCCCUGGCAUGUGACCUCAUGUCAGGUCCUUGGAUAUAGAGCAUCUGUCAUGGAACAGACUGCAACCCUGGUGAAGGCAGGACCCUCGGCCCAGGACGUGCAUGGAACGGCCUGCUGUGUGCACUGAACCUUUGACCCCUGCCCCCAGCCAGAGACAGGAGAAAGUGAGGCAAUCCCAGACACCCGCUCUCCAGGAGUUGGGCCCGAGUCGGCAGCAGGACAGUGAGCAGAUGCCAGGCCCAGCCGGGCACAAGUGCAGCGAGGACUGACGCUCCUUCCCACCAUCACCCUUGCAGUUGCCGCUGAUACCUACGCAUGGUUCCUACAUGCUAGCACUUUCCAUGCGCCACGUCAUCUAAUCUUCACGAGGAUGAGGAGGAGACAGAAAUAACCCUAUCUCCAUUUUCAUGUAAGAAAACCAUGCUCAGGAAGGCAGCCACAUGGUGGCCCUGUGGUUCUGACUGUCCAGCACCAUGUGGUGAGAGCAGCCCCUGGCUCCCCACUUCCACGUGGGGCUCUGUCAGGGCUGCCACUCCUGGCCCCCUCAGCCCCACCUCUCUGCCGCUGACCCUGUCUGAGCCUGUCACAGCAGCCUCCUUUGGGAUCACGACCUACAGGAAUGUGACCACCAGGUAAUGUGGUGGCCAUGUCUCCGCCACUUGGAAGAGAUCAAAGCAACAAGGCUGACCCCAAACAAGGGCUAUAGAGAGAGCGAUGGCGCUACAGGGAGAUGCCGCCAGAGUUCCUGGGUCUUCCCAACCUCCACCUUAGAUGCACAGGCCAAGUAAGUCCCGCUGUGGUACCUCUGACCCGGGUCCCUACCAUAUGCCACCCCAGCGUGCUGCCCAACACCGAGCAGUGGCUCCCCGCACCAGAAGCCCCCCAGGUUCCAUUAGGAAUUUGUGUCUUUACAAAGCACAAACAGGCUGGGUGGUCUCUAAGAACCUGUCCAGAGCUACCAACUAAGGCCUCUGGGUCUUGGGCAGCUGGUGCUCAGUAUCCCCCUCCCUGGGGAUGCCUGAGAAACACCAAGCAGAGCAGGCAGCAUCAUGGGUAUGUUCCCAUGAGCUCCUAAUCCCCUGAAAAAGCACCACAAAACUUAGAAAACGCUAACCAUGAAGAAAAACUGACUACCUGGACUAUGUUAAAAUAAAGAACAUCUGCUCAUCAAAGGACACAUUAAGGGAGCAAUAAGGCAUGCCACAGAGCAGAUAAUUACAGUAUACACAGCUGAGAAAGACUCAAAUUCAGACUAUACAAAGAACUUCCACAGUCAAUAAGAAAAACAUUGAAAACUCAAUGCAAAAAUGACUCAAACAGGCCCGUCACAAAAGAGGAUAUCCGAAAGGUCAACAUGCUAUGAAAAGUUGUUUGACUCCAUUAGCCUUCAGGGAAAUGCAAAGUGAAACCACAAGGUGAUAGCACCACACCCACCAGAAUGGCUAAACCCAAAGACGGAUGAUACCAAGUGUUGGUUAGGACGUGGAGCAACCGGAACUCUCCCACACUGCCGAUGGGAGUGGAAGUUGGUGCGAGCACUGUGCACGGUAUCUCCCAAAGCUGAUUGCGUGUGUGCUUGCCAACCCAGCACUUCCUAGCUUAUAUACCUAGCAGGAAUGUGUAUAUGUGUUUACCAAAAGACAUGUAAUACAACGUUCAUAGUAGCAUUAUACAUAAUAGUGCCAAACAGAAAAUAACCCACGUGGCUAUCAUUUCUAGAACAGACAAAUAAAUCAUGGUAUCUUCACAUGGUGGAACACUCUAUGGAAAUGUGAACUCUUAGUACAGAGGACUCUCACAAACCUAAUGUGGAUCAGUAGUAGCCAGGCUUUAUAAAAGAGCACAAACGGGGCUGGGCAGGGUGGCUCACGCCUGUAAUCCUAGCACUUUGGGAGGCUGAGGUGGG